GCAUGAUCAUAUACCAGGUUCAGCAUUCAGCAUUCAUGAUCUUGAUGUGUACGCGUCUUGGAUCUUUAGAGUUCACUUCAGAAAGCAUUGAACAAGAUAAUCAUGGGAAACUCAAGUGCUAAGCUGGAGGCCUUUCAUACGGCUGUCAUGGAGGACAACACAGAGACUGUAAGGGAGCUGCUACAAGAUGACGAUGUUGAUCCUAAUGCACGUGGCCAAGACCAACUGACUGCACUGCAACUAGCCAUUGCUCACGGGUCUCUGAAGACAGUGGAGCUACUGAUAGUCAGCACACGAGUUGACCUCUAUCCUCUGACCCUUGAGAAAGAAACCCCUCUUAUUCUAGCCUCAGCAAGAGGUCAUGAGGAGAUUGGUCUGCACCUGCUCAGGAGCCUACCAGAACACAGCCAAGGCAUAGCGAGUGUGGACGCCCACGGAUUCCAGGUACUACAUCAUGCCUGUUCCAAGGGCCUAGAGAAGAUGGCCACCCAGAUACUAUCUCGAGAUGUGUCAGUGGACGUGCUCGGAGGGAAGCUCAACCAGACUCCCCUCAUGCUAGCUGCCGGCAAUGGUCAAGAGUCGAUGGUUAAGUUUCUCCUGGAGGUCGGUGCCAACAAAGCAGCAGUGGACCUGGCCAAGAUGACCCCACUCCACCACGCCUGUAUGGCCAACGCCGACAGCUGUGUGAGAGUCCUCCUGGACGGGAACAAUGUCUCUGUGCAUGCUAAGGACAUUAGCGGCUGCACUCCUCUCAUUUACUGCCUCAACAACAAGAACGCAAGUCUGGAAAAGCUGCUGGUAUCCCAUGGUGCUUGUCUCACUGAUGCUCUGGACGCUGGUUUCUCCACUUUCUGUUAUCACACCCUCGAGAAGACGUAGAAACAAACAAACUUGCUCCAGAACAACACCAUUGUUUCAAUCAUAUCUCUCAGCAAAUUAAUUACAUUUCUCAUUUGAUGCACAAUUCUCAAAAAAAUCAGUUUAAAAUUUGAUUCAAA